UGACGUUGUAAACCCGGGAAAAUCUGUAGUAUUUCUUAAUCUGUUUUGUUUGACGACUAUAUCAGUUAUAUUCUGAACUAGACGGGUACGUUUAAACAGGCGCUGAAAGGGUAUUCUACUAAGACGUAUUGUGCCGCCUCAGACGUCGUGAACGAAAUGGCUACGAAAUCUGGUGACAAGAUAAGCAAAAGUUCCUUGGCAAUUUCUGUGAUAUCGUUGGCUCUCGUGUCAUUGUUGUUUGUGAGAUUCGAAUUCGAUUAUAACAAUUCGAAAGCGCUUGAAAAAAGUAUUCAGCAGAUUGAAGAUGACCUGAAAACUAAUAUAGAUACGAUUGUGGAAGAGAAGUUACAGUUCUAUGAGACUGCACCCACAACAAGUACUAAGGAAAGGCCUGAUUCUACCUUUGGUUCUGAAAGCAAAGAGAUAAGUGUGGUUUCAGCAAAGUACGAUCAUCAAAGAGAGCGGAGAGAUACUAAUUCUGGGUCAGUAACUUGGAAGAGAGUCCACAAUGAAAUCGACAAGAAAUUCAAACAGUUCUGCAGCGUUAACAACGAUAGUUGCCAGAUUGGACCACGAGGUCCUCCUGGAUUAACCGGUCCACCAGGGCCAUUGGGUCCUAUUGGGCCUUCGGGCAAGAAUGGCAGCCAAGGAGCCGUUGGACCUAAGGGACUAAAAGGCGACAAAGGUGACAAAGGGUCUCCUGGACAACUCGGAGUUAAAGGAGACGUUGGUUCCAUGGGUUCUCCUGGCAUCGCUGGAUCCGAUGGCUCGAAUGGGGACAAAGGCCAGAGGGGACUGAGAGGUAUGAAUGGACCAAAAGGAGAAUGCAUCACUCAACCGAGAAUUGCCGUUUAUCCACAUUCCCAGGCAGUCUUCCUCAAUGAGAAAGUAAUAUUGUACUGCUGGGUUGAAGGUCGGUCGCCUUGGAAGAUAACAUGGCAGAAGCCUGGUGGCUCUUUGUCUCGUGGUGUUCAAAUAGGCAAUCACAUGCUCUUAAUCAAAAAGGUACAAAAGUCACAUGCUGGGGAUUACAUAUGUACGGCUCGCUCUGGAGCGUUCAAAGCAAUCAGCAGGUUGGAAAUAAAAGAACCACCUAAAUUUACCAAAAGGCCGCCAAAGCUGGCCAUUCAUGAUCGAGGAACAAAUGUAAGCCUGUGCUGCAAGGUGAAAGGAAACCCCCGUCCAAAAGUUGAAUGGUACCAACCUGAGAACACGUCUGUCAUGAUACCACACCCUCAGGAAUUUGGAUGCCUUUUAAUUGAUAUGGAUAGAGAGAGCGCUCAAGGGACGGAUUACAUUUGUCGCGCUACAAACAGCUUUGGAAUGGUGCAAGAAAUAGCCUCAGUGUUUGCAAGAUCGUUUGUUGCGGGACAAUCAAGCAUAAUUGGAAACAAUGAAACUCACAUCAUAGCCCUAAACAAAUGGUUAUACCCUGUUGUAAGGAGCAGAACCUCUUCCUGGGUUACCUGUUGGAAGGCAUCAAAACAUGGUUGGGAAGGCUCUAAAUUCCACCAAUUGUGUGAUAACAAAGGGCCGACUUUGGUAAUUGUCCGUGUUGGAGUUUACAUCUUUGGUGGAUACGCUGGUGUAUCAUGGAAAAGACAUCCUAAAAAAGGUUAUUGUGGACGAGUGCACAGUCCAACAUCGUUCAUGUUUUCACUAGUAAACAAGCCUGGCUGGGGACCAACGAAACUGCCCCAACUCGGAUAUGACAGUCCCAUCGGAUUUUCUAUGAUGUCUUGUGACAGAAAUGGACCAGUAUUUGGUUCAGGAAGCGAUCUUACAAUUGUAGACAACGCUCACCUGGGUAAAAAAUCCUAUGCACACAUCGGAAUGUCCUACAGCGCACCCAAAGGUCAAAGUCCUGACUCCGACUUCACCAACACAUUCAUGGCAGGAAGUGAAUAUUUCUCACCAAACGAGGUUGAAGUCUUAUAUGAAAAAACCGACUAAUGAAAACGAGUUGAAGCCACGAUAACAUUCAAUAUUUCUAUGUUACUAUUAUAGUGGGAUAGAUAUGUUAUACGAAUGUUUAUGUAAUGGUACUCUCCUGUUCUAUAUCAUCCAAAUAGGAUCAUUUGUAUUGAUACAUUUUAUAAAAACUUUUUCCCCUUCCUAGUUACGCCCCUGCAGAGUGAAAAUUAAGAUAUGGUCUUAGUCAGCAUAAAGUAAUGAUAAAGAUAACAAAAUUCGAAUUGUAUAGCUCUUUGAUUCGCUAAACUUGUAAUUAUAUUAUUCUAACGUUUCAUUUCAUAGACAAAUUUAGGAAAGUCUGAACGCAAGUGUGAGACACAACGUGGGAACAGAUGUGAAUUUGGACUUCAUCUUGAUACUGCCCCUUGUUACGAAUUUUUUUUUUCUCUGAAUGUAUUUCAACAUCUGUGUGAACAAUGAUGUAAAAUAAACGAGCAUACUAUAAUGACAAAGAUAGCAAAAUUCUAAUUGUAUAACUCUUUGAUUUUCUUGUAUUAACUCCCAUGUUUCUUUUCGAGAACAAAUUUAGGAACGCUGGAAGGCAAGUGCGAGACACAACAUAGGAGCAGUUGUCAAUUGGGACUCCCUCUUGAUACUUCCCCAUGUCACGAGCUUUGUUUUUUUUUUUCUCUGAAUGUAUCUGAACAUAUGUGUGAAAAGUAAUGUAAAAUAAAUAAAACAGUGUGAAAAAAUUAAAU